CCGCACCUGAACCGCUACGACCAUGCCUCGGAGGAAACAGCAAGCGCCGAAGAGGGCAGCUGUGUACAUGCCUGACGAGGACGCCAUUUUGGAGGAACCCAUCGCGGAGGAAGAUGGAGACAACGACGCUCAGACAGAAGAGGAGUGCUCGGAGAAAACCAGCCCCAAACUAUCACCAGAAGGGGGCGAUAUGGACAACAAAAGCACCAACACCUACAGCAACGCAAACUCCCCGAUCAGCGUGCUUUCCAACCAGGAAGCAGAACUGGAAUCCCGGUUGAGUGACUGUAGCGACCGAUUGUCCGAUUUCAAGACCGCCUCCUCGCCCCCGGAAAGCCAACGCGAUGACGAAGCGAGCCGUGGAUCCAAAAACAAAGAGGAGACAACAGGAAGUAGUUUGGAGAAAAUGCGCGCCGCCUAUGCAAACUUCUUGUCCGAUUCCUACUGGACGGGAGUGGAUUUGAAAGUAGCAAAAAACGCGAGCAAAGCGAAUUGCGAUAGCACUAACGGAAGCGCUAACAACACCGCCAGUAAUAAUAAUAAAAGCGAGUUUGAUUGGCACCAGGAUGCGUUGUCGAAAACUCUACAACAGACUGUCUCUCCCAAGCCUACAUCCAAACCGAAUCUUUUCAGUUCCGUGCAUCUUUACCGGCAGAGCGCUAAACCGUGCGGAUCGGUGUUCACGGGAGCGAGCAGGUUUCGUUGUAAGGACUGCAGUGCCGCUUAUGACACGUUGGUGGAGCUAACGGUGCACAUGAACAAAAGCGGACACUACCAAGACAAUAACCAUAGCAAACAGGCAGGCAACUCCGCUUCCUCUUCCAAAUCUCGUAAAAGAAACCUGCAAGACCUAGAAGGCAAAGAGGACGCUCAGAAAGUUUUAAAAUGCAUGUUCUGCGGCCAUUCGUUCGACUCGUUGCAAGAUUUGAGCGUGCAUAUGAUUAAAACGAAACAUUACCAGAAAGUGCCUUUAAAAGAGCCAAUCCCGGUUAUAACUCCCAAACUUUUGCCACCAGCGAAAAAGCGAGCGUUCGAAGUCGCUAGGCCAUGCUCUCCUGACUCUACGACUGGCGUUUCCGGAUUCACCGACGCUCAACGGGCGGCGAACAUGUCCAACGCCAACAACCGCUACGGCUAUCAGAACGGAGCGAGCUACACGUGGCAGUUUGAGACGUGCAAGUCGCAGAUCCUUAAAUGCAUGGAGUGCGGCAGCUCGCACGACACGCUCCAGCAGCUCACCACUCAUAUGAUGGUCACGGGACAUUUUAUCAAAGUGACAAACUCGGCUUCCAAAAAGGGCAAACAGCUCGCGCUCGAUCCGUUGGCGAUCGAAAAGAUGCAAGGGUUAGCGGAACCGGCGACGAACGAGAAAGACGGGGAGAUGGUUUCGUCGCCCAAAACGCCCGCAGGGAGCGAGAAGGACAGUCAGGGGGACUCUACUUCAGAUAAAAUGGAAGAAGGAAGCGCUAAAGAAGAUAAGGCAGAGAGUGAUGACCAAAAACCAGGGAACGGGACUUUUAAGUACCCGUAUUUGCGAGAGGAGGACCUGGAGAAAGAAUCAGGAGGAGGAGGGGAUAUUCUGAAAUCAUUAGCCAAUACUGUGGCCUCUGCCAUCAAUAAAGCGCAAACUGGUACGCCAAGUUGGAGCGCUUACCCAAGCAUCCACGCCGCCUAUCAACUAUCAGGCAUUAUCAAAAGCCCUCCUCUCUCCACUUCGCCACCCGCCCAGCUAAAGCACGCGUUUAACCACAAGCUGAGACCCAUCGCCCCCAAGGGAAAACUCUACUCUCCUCCCCAGGGACUGCAUCAAAAUACGGACAUCAAAAAGGAAAAGGUUGGCAUUAGCGAUGGUAAAGAAAGUCAGAAUUUGAAGUUUGAUCUCGGCGAGAACGAUGACAGCGAUUGUCAAGAUGAUUCCUCGUCCUCUUCAAAGCUGGAUGCCGACUGCGUGAAUGAAGAUGCGAUCAAAGACAAGUUGAGCCCGGAUUUUUCUGACAGAGGCAAGACAACGCCGAGCCCCUGCGCCAGCAACGGACGCGGCACUUCAGAGGCUACCAAUGACACCGCGGAUAUGCUGGCAGUUAACCCUCUUAGCGCUCUGCAGUCCGUUUUGAACACGCAUCUAGGCAAAGCUAAUAAACCUAACAACUCCAGGCAGGAUAAAUUAGCAGCUCAUGCCCAAGCCAUUUUUGCAGACAUGAACCGUAGCAAUGAAAAACAAUCUCGGAUGCUCGGGAGUCCAGUGAGGAGCAAACCGGAUAACCCUUUCAUUUUUGUCAACGAUGACCAGCCUAUAGACUUGACGAAAUCAAAACAUAACAAGGCAAGUUCUUCGCUUUUGCAAACGUCAACGCCGGUACCGCAGAAAUACGCGUUAUCCGACAUCGCCGACAUGGUUAAGGUGCUGCCGAAAGCUACAACGCCAAAACCGUCCCUCCAGUCGCGACUCCCGACGAUGAAAUUGGAAUCAGACGUGAGGAGAUUCGAAGACGUCUCCGCCGAAGUCUACUCCGUCCACAAACGCAAAGGGAGGCAGUCCAAUUGGAAUCCGCGCCACCUUCUUAUCCUGCAAGCCCAGUUCGCGUCGAGCUUAUUUCAGACUUCAGAAGGCAAAUACUUACUGUCAGAUUUGGGCCCUCAAGAACGCAUGCAAAUCUCCAAAUUCACCGGACUCUCCAUGACGACCAUAAGCCAUUGGUUAGCGAAUGUCAAAUACCAGCUACGGAAAACCGGAGGGACAAAAUUCCUCAAAAACAUGGAUUCAGGUCAUCCGGUUUUCUACUGUAAUGACUGCGCUUCACAGUUUAGGUCACCCGCUACCUUUAUUUCGCAUUUGGAGUCCCAUCUUGGGUUCCAGAUCAAAGACAUGUGUAAAAUGCCGGUAGAGCACCACACGAAAGUCGAGGAGCCCGAACUGCCCAAGGCCCUAAGCGUACGGCCCUCUCCGGAUGCGCUAAUCUCCGAAGAGGACAUAGACUCUAAGUUCAAAUGUAAACUGUGCUGCCGGACAUUUGCCAGCAACCACGCGGUCAAACUGCACUUGAGUAAAACGCACAGCAAAUCGCCCGAUAACCACUCACAGUUUGUAGAAAUGGACAAGGAGUAGUCUUUUGAUAAUAUGUGUUUUUAUUGUUUUAACACACGGGUUCAGGCAUUUCACACAGCAUUUUUGUUGUUUUUUUUGUUUAGAUUUGUAGUGCAGUGGUUCUCAGAUUUGUGGAAUACUACCAAGACUUGAUCAUGACUAAAACAGGACUAAUAAAUGACAAAAUGACGGAUUAAAUAAUUCUAAAUCCGGAUUAGCCCUUAAUUUUCUGAAAUCCUGGGUUCUUUCAUCAAAAUCUUUUACAUCAGUUUUGGUAAACGUAUUUCACUUGAGAAGUAAUUAACUACACCUUCGUCUAAGAGUCCACGCUUCAAUAAUUUAAAGAAAAGAAGAGUUUUGAAUUGUGAAAAGUCCUCAAAAUGUCGGCAUAUUUGCAAACAAAACAAAACAAAUGUGGCUCAUAACAAGAAGUUGAAACCACUGAAUCGAAUGUAUUUAUGUUGUCCACCGCUACUUUGCCCUAACUUUAGAGAAAAGUAAAAAUAUAACUAAAAGAAUGUUGCUGUGGUGGAAGGAAGUACUCUAACUUACCUAAGUAAAAGUACAAAUACCCAAGCAAAAACAUAAGUAAAAGUGUCACAUGAAAAAAUCUAUUCAAGUAAAUUUUACACUUUACAUUUUACACAGAGAUUUAGAUUUUCAAAAAGUGCUUUAUUUUGUUCACCAGAAAAAAUGUAUCAAUCGUUUUUUUCCUUAUCUGAUUUUAUGUAUAUAUUUUUGCUUGCUCAAAUUAUGAACGUGUUAAAAAUAAACCCUCAGCCUUUUCUAGUUCAGAAAUGUAGAGGAGUAGAAAGUACACAUACCUGCUCUCAAACGUAGUGAAAUAAAAUCGAAACUAAAGUGCGAACAGCAAAAAUAUAUACUUAAGUUCAGUACUGUCACUACUUUUACUUUGUUAGGUUCCACCACUGCUGACUA